AUGUACUUCUCCAACGUUCUUGUCACCAGCAUCCUUGCUGUCACUGCUGCCGCCAUGCCCCGCCCCAACAACGUGGCCCGCGAUGCUACCUCCACCUCGACUAGCACCAGCGCCAGCUCCACUUCGUCGAGCUCCGGCAGCGUCCAGAUCGUCAACAACCUGGACACAGAUGUCUACGUCUGGAGCACUUCAUCCAGCUCCGGUGACAUGCAGACCCUCAGCACCGGUGGCGGCACCUACAGCGAGAACUGGCAGAUUAACCCCAACGGCGGCGGUAUCUCCAUCAAGAUGUCCACCUCCACCAGCGAGGACAGCGUCCUUCAGUUCGAGUACACCGAGGAGGGUGAGACUCUUUACUGGGAUCUUUCCUCCAUCAACCUCGACUCUGACUCUGACUUCAUUACCUCUGGUUUCUCGGUCACCCCCAGUGACUCUAGCUGCUCUUCGGCUACCUGCGAGGCUGGUGACACCAACUGUGCUGCUUCUUACCAGCAACCUGAUGACACCGACACCAACUCGUGCUCCACCAGCGCCCAGUACGUUCUGACUCUGGGCUAA